UAUUACGUCUAUGGUUCGUGUCUGGACGGCGGUUUUGGAAGCGUCUUUUAAAGUGAGGUUAUGAUUAUACAUAAGCCACAAGGUCACAAAAAUAAAUGUUCAUGUAUAGUUAUCACAUGGGCAAAAUAGUCUUGCCAUUUCAUUGAGUUCUUUUUGUAAGAGAGUCAAAAAGAUUAGGAACUCACUGAUUUUCCAAAAUGUCGGGCGGUAUGUUGUAUGGUGGAGAUGAAAUAGGAGCGUUAGUUUUUGACUUGGGUCAUCAUUCCUUAAGAGUGGGCUAUGCUCAGGAAGAUACUCCAAAGGCAGAAAUUCCAGCUGUUGUCGGAAUAGGAGAAGACUCUAAUGGCACAGCCAAUAAGGUUGAACCCAUGGAUAUCGAUGAUAAAAAACCUGACAAUAAUAUUACACAAAAUGGGACCAAAUAUUACAUUGAUACCACUAUUCUUCAUGUUCCAAGGAAGAAUACAGAGAUUGCAAGUUAUAUGAAAGAUGGUAUGAUUGAAGAUUGGGAUCAUUUUGAGAAGGUUUUAGAUUACACAUAUUCAAAAAUAAUUCAGUCUGAUGCCGAAUAUCAUCCUGUAUUAUUUUCUGAAUCACCAUGGAAUGUGCGUAGCAAAAGGGAAAAGUUAACUGAGCUAAUGUUUGAAAAAUAUAAUGUACCAGCUUAUUUUCUUGUGAAAAAUGCAGUUUUGGCUGCAUUUGCCAAUGGUAGAGCAACUGGUAUCGUCGUCGAUAGUGGUGCCACACAUACGUCUGCAGUACCUGUACAAGAUGGAUUUGUGUUGACACAAGCCAUUGGUAAAUCACCCCUUGGUGGAGACUACAUAAGUAUGCAGUGCAGACAAUUUUUACAAGAUAACGAUAUCGACUUGUCACCUCCUUAUAUGGUGGGUAGUAAAGAAGUAGUUAAAGAUCAUGAUAAACCACGAUGGAUUAAAAAGAAAGGUUUGCCUGAAGUUACCAAGUCUUGGCAUAAUUAUAUGGUAAAGAAAGUAGUUCAGGAUUUCCAAGCCACAGUUCUUCAAGUAUCAGAAACACCGUAUGACGAGAAGAUUGUUUCUACGAUUCCUGCAGUUCAGUAUGAAUUCCCGACUGGUUAUCAUCAGGAUUUUGGAAGUGAGAGAUUUCGAAUACCAGAGGCAUUAUUUGAUCCUAGUAUAGUACAAAUGCGUGGAGGUAUGGUCGGUAAUACUAUGUUGGGAGUAGGGCAUAUCGUCACAACCAGUGUUGGCAUGUGCGACGUUGAUGUACGACCAGCGCUAUACGGAAGUGUUGUAGUAACUGGUGGCAAUUCGUUUAUUCAGGGUUUCCCAGAACGUUUGAAUAGAGAUUUAUCUAUGAGAAUACCCUCUAGCAUGCGUCUUAAAUUGAUCAGUGCGAACGGAUGUGCAGAAAGAAGAUUUGGAGCAUGGAUCGGUGGUUCGAUAUUAGCAUCGAUUGGUACUUUCCAACAAAUGUGGAUCUCCAGUCAGGAAUAUGAAGAAAGCGGAAAAAGUCAAGUAGAAAGGAAAUGUCCUUAAAACACGAUAACUCCUCGUAUGUUUUCAUCGUAUUAGUGUCAGUGUUUGUAUAAACAUCGUCCGGAGAGUGAGUACAACUUUUGAAAAA